AUGGAGAUGCCACAAGGCAAUGGAAUGAUAGACGACUUGCAAGAAUUGUCGUCCCUCACAUACCGGCAACGUUUUGUGGGUUUCUUUGCUACUCUUGGCAUGGGGUUGUGCUUUAUCGCGAUUGCAGCAUUUUUUGCGCCUACCGUUGCCGUUUUUCCGAAGAAGUUUACUUUCUUUCUCACUACAGGAAACAUUUUUUGUGUGACAUCCACAGCUUUUCUGGUGGGGUUUCAAAAGCAGAUGCGGUCUUUCUUCGAUGCCAAACGCCUAGAGGCAGCUGUCAUGUACGCUGUUUCCACCAUCCUUACACUUGUGGCUGCAUUGUACUGGAAGUCAAGUUUGUUUUCCAUCAUCUUUGCGGUGGUUCAGGUGUUUUGUUUGUUGUGGUAUGCGCUGAGUUAUGUUCCCUUUGCGCGGCGCGCCGUUGGACUUGUUUGUUCAUAUUUGUGGCUUAUUGUUUGGCCUGUACUUCGUGUUGUGUAUCAGGCGCUGCAGCAGUGCUGCGGGGCUAUUGCCUCGCGUGCGAGAUAG